AUGUCUGUUGCAUCACUACCUUUUGAUGAAGAUGAAAUGUCUGUUGUUUCAUCUCUUUUUGUUAAAGAUAUUGAAAACUUACUUGUUGAAGAUAAUCAAAUAUCAAUUAAAGAUUUGUUACAUCUUGAGGAAGAAAAAAUAGAGACAUAUCAGCAAUUUAGUGAUAAAGAUUUUAUUCAAACUGCUAUAGAAGUAGAAUUAGUAAAAAAUGAAAUAAUUACACAACCUUUAACCAGAAAAGAACAGUUAGAUAUUCUGCACAAUGCUCUGAGAAUUGUUAAUGAAAAAAUUGAUAAUAGUAAGUAA